GGGGGGUGGCAGGGAGUUUAAAAGGAUCAGUCUGUGAGAUAGACACGCUUGUGGCAACUAAAUUUGUCAGUUGGAGUUUUCAGUAACUUCCAUUCUGGAUCCACAGCACCGAUAAUAAUGAUGUUCUGCAGAGCGGCUUGGCAAAGACUUGCGCCUCUGGCACGCAAAACGCUCACUCCUUUCAGCAAUGCUGUAUUUCCUACACGACAGAUGUCUUUUGGUCUACCGGCGUCUGGCACAAACAUAGCUUACGUGGUACUUGGUGGAAGCUCACUUACUGCUGCUCUUGUUUAUGCUUAUAAGACAAUAAACUCUGACAGUGCAAGAUAUAAUGAAAGAAUUGCUCAAUUCGAGGCCAGACCUAAAAGUGAGGAGGGAGCAGUUGCUGAGGUAGCCUCGGUAGCAGAAGCAGAAACCACAGCAGCUGAGGUGAUUAAUGCAGAGGCUGAACAGACCCCAGAACCUGUGGAGGCAGCAACUGCGAUAGUAGAAGCAGUAGCAGCUGAUGCUGAGGAACCUACUGCACCUGUUGCUGAGGAUGUCACUGCUGAGGCUGCUGCUCCCAUUGCUGAAACAACCGUUAUCCCAAUGUCUGACCUACUGAGCACUGUGAAAAUCCUGGCUGGAUCUACAGCAGAGAUUGCAGCUGCUUCGGUCGGUGAUCAGCACCUGGUGGCCACAGUGAGAUUGGCUGAGGAAAAUAAUUCUAUGGAGACCCUCAAUGGGCUGGAGGUUGCUGAUGUUAAAGCAGAGGUCCCAGCAGAAGUGCCUGAGCGAGCUGUGGUUGAGGAAGCUAUGAGAGGUAGACUGAAUCUGAAAACAGAAGUAAAAGAACUGGAGGAACUGCCAUCAUCACUUCAUGCAGUAGAAGAAAAUAUUGUUGUGGAAGAUGACCAUGUCAAGUCUGAGGCAGACAGCCCUACUGUGCCUGAAAGCCUUGCUUCAUCAGAGGAGUCCCUUGUUACAGAGAUGGAGAACAUUUUGGAAUUAGAAGACUCAACAAGCCCUGUGGUGAUGCUCUCAGAAGAUGACACCGUCUCUGGAGCUGUAGAGCUGACAUCAGAAACAGUUGAGGAAGUAGGUCAGAAAAUGGAAGAAUCAACUGCCACAGAAACAGCACAUGCAGAUCUCACAGCACCACCAGGAGACCUAGAGGACUCAUUACAGGCUACAGGUGCAACAGAGGCUGCAGAAGUUCUUCUCAUGGAAAUGGUGCAGGAUGCUGUGGAGAAAGCUAAACCUGUUGAGGCAUCAGAUGAAGCUGUUGAAAGUGGAAAUGUUGCAAUGACCAUGACACAAGCCUGAAGUGAUUGUACCACACCUGAGACACUGGAAACUAGACAAUCUGUGAUGUAAUGAUUACUGAGGAUAACAUAUGGUAGUGCUGUUACAGUCAUAAAUAAGACAUCUAAAUGACUUUUUAUUUCCAACUGAAUCGCAAAUUUGGUAAAUGACUAUGGUCUCCUUAAUUUUGUUAUUUCAUCUGAAAAUGAGAUUUAGUCAGUUAAAACAGAUUUGAGUUUAAUUGAUCUAAUUUUGUGUCUCUGGAAAACAGUGAUCUGUGACACUGUAUUAUGCUGAAUAUCAAAGGUUUUGUGGGCACAUUCAUGUUGUUAGAUUGCUUUUUAUUUUAACGUGAAAAGAUCAAAUUAGAAUUAAGGCAGAAGGUCCCAACUGGCAUGUUGUUGCUAGUGCUUAUUGUAAUUCAUUAGGUUAUUAUUCAGUUAUUCCGUUAUACACAAAAUAUUGUAAACAUGCAUUGCAGUAAGAUAUUUUGCUUUUAAAUGUGUAAUCAAAAUGGAAGGAAAUUGUAUAUGAAAUGUGAAUUAAUCACAUCGAUCUUAAAUGUAUUUAUAUUUAUUUAUUUUUAAUGUAUAGGUGUACAUUUUAGAAAUCUUUAUAUAUAUAUAUAUAAGUGAACUGAUUUUAAUUUAACUUGAAUUAAAUUUAAAUUCAUAGUGUUGCUAUUAUGAUGUACAUUAAAUUAAUAUAUGGUCAAUUAGAUAUGUAAGUUGUAGCAUAAAUUUACCUUUCAUAACCUUUCAUAAUUAUCUCACUGGGAUUUUAUCUGUAAUUGAUAAAUUAUUUAGUUGAUCUGUCAAAGCACAAUUUUAAAUAGUAUUUUAUAAUUACACACACACACAGAGAGAAAGAGAUUGUUAUGCUUGAGUUAAUUUAUUAUGUGAUUGUGCGUUCUGAAUGAGAACAUGAUUAAACUAUUGAGUAUUGCAGAGAACAUAGAACAAAACUGAAAUGUGUGUUUAAAAAAAAGUUAAUUAUUUUAAAUGCAUCUUUGUUUCAAGAACUGCAUGAACUGUUUUGGAAAUUAGACCAACUGAAUUUGUUUUUUAUAGUGUUAACACUAUAAAAACACUGUGUUAUAGUGUCUGAAAUGAAUCUCUACUAUGUGCUCUCACUACUUCUUGGCAACGCAUAAUACUUGUGAAGUCAUUAUUUACAGAAAGAGUGUAUUUACAUUAAACUCAUUCAAUAUCU